AUGAAAACCGCAAGCCGAUGGCUCAGCGAGGAGCAAAGCAGUCUUGCAGAAGCCUCUUUGGGUAAAAUUAUCUCCACAGGACUUUUACUCGGCAUUGUGCAUGUUUUGACAGGACCGGAUCAUUUAAGUGCAUUGGCCGCUAUGACAACAGGAUCAUCAUGGCGAGCGUUUGCUUUGGGUAUUCGAUGGGGUUGCGGUCAUUCAAUUGGUCUUAUUUUCAUGGCCCUUAUCUUCUUUGCCGCUGGACAGACAGUAGAUUUGGAUGCUGUCGGUAGCUACCUCAAUUAUAUUGUGGGAUUUUUCAUGAUCGUAUUGGGUGUAUGGACAGCAGUUCAUGUACAAAAGAAAUACCAGACACAACUGAAGGAAGGGAUCCAUUCACUAGUGAGUGAAGAAGGUCAUCGUGUUGAUAGCACCUCUGAUAGUCGAUGCAGCAUAGGUGCCACGUCCACUAAUUUUGUAGAGCUCAUGCCGCUAUCACAGCAACGAGUAUCAAGCACUACGUCUCCAAUGGAUGCUCCACAGCCAUUAAUGAUGUCUCCGGCAAUUGAGCACGUUCCAGUUGAGACAAUGGACUCAUCGUCUUUAUCGUUUCAUUUGCUGGUUAAAGAAGAUGGUGACUCGUCUCAAGCUACAAGUACUCCAGAAGCCGAGCCAUUUGUAAACCUAUCCAAGCUUCACCUCCGCAACUGGACGUGCUGCCAAAGUAUCAACUUCGAGAACCCAGCCACGCAAAAAAUCAUGGCUCUCCUUGUAGGAAUCAUCCACGGCUUUGCCGGACCUGGUGGAAUUCUUGGUGUGCUACCUGCCGUUGUGCUAAAUGACUGGGUUAAGUCUGCAGCGUAUCUAGCCUCUUUCUGCAUAGCUUCGGUAUUCAUCAUGGGCAUCUUUGCGGCCAUUUACGGCGAGAUCACUGGUCGUCUCGGUGGCAAUUCGUUGGCAGUCGAGUUCCGAAUCGGCAUUUUCUCUGCGUUCUUCUCAUUGAUCGUCGGCGUUGCGUGGAUUGGGCUGCAAGCAACAGGUCAAAUGUCUGCUGUCUUUGGGGAGUGA